GGUUCUGGUUCCGGGGGUGAUCUGUGGUCUAAGUGGAGCUGUGUGGAGCGCGGUCAGCACACCGGUACCAUGACGCUUUCAGCGGCUCUGCUGCACAGUGACUCCAUCAGGCACAUCCUCCUCCUGCUGGCCAUGUCGUUUAGUACUUCAGUUCACAGUGAAAUAAUAAAUCUUGAUAGUGGAAAUAUUGAUGAAAUUUUAGGCAAUGCUGAUGUUGCUCUAGUCAAUUUUUAUGCAGAUUGGUGUAGAUUCAGUCAGAUGUUACAUCCGAUCUUUGAAGAGGCCUCUUCAGUUGUAAAAGAAGAAUUUCCAGACCCAAAGCACAUAGUCUUUGCUAGGGUUGAUUGUGACCAACAUGCGGAUAUAGCGCAAAGAUAUCGAAUAAGUAAGUACCCCACAUUGAAAUUAUUCAGGAAUGGGAUGAUGAUGAAGAGAGAAUACAGGGGUCAAAGGUCAGUGAGUGCUCUUGCAGAUUUCGUCAAGCAACAGAAAAAUGAUCCUAUUCAAGAGAUUCUGAACCUGAAUGAAUUGGAAACACUUGAUCGCAGCAAGCGAAACAUCAUUGGAUUUUUUGAGCAGAAAGAUUCAGACAACUACAGAGUCUUUGAGAAAGUGUCCAAUAUUUUACGUGAUGAUUGCGUCUUUUUGGCUGCAUUUGGGAGCGUUGCAAAACCAGAGAGGUAUAGUGGUGACAACGUAAUUUACAAACCACCUGGGGAGAAUAGCCCUGAUAUGGUAUAUUUGGGUUCGUUAACCAACUUUGACCUCUCAUUUGCCUGGACUCAAGAUAAAUGUGUUCCAUUGGUUAGAGAAAUCACUUUUGAAAAUGGAGAGGAGUUAACGGAAGAGGGCCUACCAUUCCUUAUACUGUUCCACUUGAAAGAGGACACUGAAAGCUUGGAAAAAUUCCAGCAUGAAACUGCACGUCAGUUGAUCAGUGAAAAAGGUACAAUAAACUUCCUGCAUGCUGACUGUGACAAGUUUCGUCAUCCUCUCCUACAUAUACACAAGACUCCAGAAGAUUGUCCAGUUAUUGCCAUUGACAGUUUUAGGCAUAUGUAUGUCUUUCCAGAUUAUAAAGAUAUAGAUACACCAGGUGCACUGAAGCAGUUUGUAUUGGACCUGCACUCUGGCAAAUUACACAGGGAAUUCCACCAUGGCCCUGACCCCACUGAUGUAGCUCCCGGACAGCCAAGUGAAGAAGUUGCAAGCAGCCCCCCAGAAAGCUCAUUCCAGAAAUUGGCUCCAAGUGAACACAGAUAUACCAUUCUCAAGAGAGAGAGAGAUGAAUUAUAAAUCUAUGAAGGAACUGUACAAGACCAGAAAUCAAAGAGCUUUGCCUGAUGAGGCAAAAAUACUAAGCCUAUAUUUUCAUAAGUCUGUGUGUACAGUUUUUAUUUUGGAUAAAACUGAAAACAAAUGGAUGACAAAUUGUGGGUUUUUGUUUUCCUUUGCUUCCCUGGCUUGUGAAUAUGUUGAUGUACCGUGGUUAUUCCUUGUAGUAGAUUUUAAUAAAACUGUUAAAUGUACAAAUGCCAGAAAACACUGAUCAGAUGGAGAUCCUAACUUUUUCUAAUAAAAGGCCAUAUCCUGUAUUUGUCAGUGAGGAUUUGCCAGGAGUAACUUUGCUACAUACUUGUAAUGUCCCAUUCAACAGGGAAUCAUCUUUGGGGUUCUGUUUCCAUAUUUUGUUGAUUGCAAUUUUCUUUAGAUGAGGGGCAAGUGCUCAUGUAUGACUUGCUAUGUGGGAGUGGCUUGAGGUAUUACUGUUUGUAUCCAUUACCGAGAGAAUGUGUUCAUCUCUAGUCUGAGGAAAAAAUAAAGUAAAUGGCCUACCA